GAUAUAGUAUUCAGUAGGGAGUUGAAUUUUAGUAUUGAAACAAGAGCAUUCAAAUUAUAUUACCUUCGAAAUGUCUAAGUUAUGUAUGGUGAAGAGUUGUCCAGUUGGUUCAGUUUUGAAACGUGUCUUCCUCAGGGCAAAUUAUCAUUUUUCAAAGCGAAUACCCCUGGGAGGAUAGAAAGUUGGUCAAAAGCUUUAGAGAUUACUUUGAAACCUCAUGAUUUAGUUUGCCAGUUGCAUUUCAAGAGCGAACAUGUACAACAAAAUUGUUAUUAAGGAUGUUGUCCAUUUACAUGAAUUACAUAGGAAAACACUCAAACCAGAAGCGUUGCCAACAAUUCAGCAUCAGUUCCACAGUUAUGCUGGUGAACAUCUUGCGAAAGAGCAAAUGUUGCAAGACAAACAAAAGCUUGUACAUCAACAACCAGAAAUAAUACAACAUCAAGAAGAAAUUGUGAAUCAGCACUCACAGCAAGAAUCAGAAGUUCCCAUAGAACAUAAUUACUGUGUGGUUAGAGAUGAUUUAACAGUUUUGGUUAUCUUUCCCAAUAAGGAAAGACUACAUGUAGAUGACCAAAUUGUCUCGUCACUGCCUGAGGAUGUUUAUGCAUAUCUGAAAAGUGUGGAGAAGUGGCCAUUGUGUGUUGGCACCCAAAUUGAGAAUCAAAGUUUUUCGAAAGGAUGUCAAGGAGUUAUUGUUGGACAUGGAAUGUAUAAAAGAAUGCAACAAAAUCUUCGAUGUCAAUCAUGUCGAGUCCUCCGAAAGAAACUCAAUGAUAGAAAGGGUGGCAAUAGUGUUCAGGAAAAAUGGAUUAUAUUUAAGCGUAAGAAGGGUAGUACGCUGAAACAAUGUAAUCGUUUACAGAAAAAAUGUGGGUGUUCCCAGCUUGGAGAAGAUGAAACCACAGUAUUCUGCAGCUAGAAGAUAUUGGCUAGCUCUCUGAGUGAUGGCAGAUAUUAGUUAAAUUUAUAGAGAUCCCAUAGAAUGUGUUAUUCAUAAUUCAUUGUUCAUCAUAGCAUAACAUGAAAUCAUUAAAUUGUUUUUUUUUAAUUGAAUAAUGUCUUAUACUAGUAGUAGUAGUAGUAACAGUUGUUUAUACUUAUAUUAUUUCAUGUACAAUGUAGGUUUUCCCAGCUUGAUAUUAUUCAUAGAAAUUUUGAAUUUGAAUUAUCGUGUCUUCUUUUGAUAACUGUGGUAUCUGAAAAGAUGUAGGGCAAUGCAGGUAGCAUUUUUAGUUGGCUUUCACAUUUUGAAGGGCAACACAUAAAUAUAUUAACGAAUAAUUCCAGAAAAUAGGAUGAUGGCAGGAAUGAAAUUCUCGGAAAACUGGAAAAAUACGGAGGGUUGUUUUAUUCCAGUUUGGAUUUAUUUCUGCUAACAAAGCAGUUAGAAAAGUGUAUUCUAAAAACUGUGGCUGAAAUGACCCUCAAUAUUGAUCUCAUAGAGGAAAUCAAGAAGCAAAGAGUGCAGCUAGAUGGAUAUGAGUCGCACAAAGUAGAGCUGACAAAAAAAAAUUAUAGAUUUCUAUAUAGUUAUGCGUGCCAGGUUUUUGGCCAGGUCAGAUAAUAAAAACCAUGAAGCCAGUAGGGCAAAAAUGAAGAUGCAUAAAAAAAAUGCAAAAUUGCUGACUUGAAUGUGUAUGCAUGUUGGUUUUGAGAAUAAAUAAAUAUUUCUUUUCAAUUUUGUUCUAAAUUCCUCUCCUUACUAAUUAAACCUUUUUUAUUACAAACCUCCAUAUAAUUGCUUGCGAAUCGUGAUUCGCACUUAUUUUAUUGAUAGAAAAACAGUGAAAAGAGCCAUUUGCUAAAGCAGAUUCAACUAAAUAAAUAUGCAUUUAAUUAACAAUUUAUGUUCUUCAAAUUUUAAUGAGAUGGAUAUGAUUCUCGGAUAAGAUAUAACGAUUUUUUUCGCACGAUACAUAACUGAGUUGAAGACGGAAACUACACAACUUAGAAUAA